AAUCACAUUCACAGGGAGGAUUUUGGUGAUGCGCUGUUCAUUUCAGCACCACAAACCACCAUCAGAGAGCAGAAAGAAGAUGCGUUUGAAGAUGUGAGACGGUCGGAGCUCGGAUGUUAAAAGGGACUUGUUUACUUCCUAUCUAACACUUUUGAGAGUCUCCUUAAAUCACCUGCUGCCAGGCACAUGACGCACAACUGUGGCAACCUAAAUGGCUAGGGUGCUUGGCUUCAGCUUUGAAAUGGGCAUGGAUUUUCCUGUCCACCUACUUCACCAUUAGUCCCACCAAUUGGAAUCUUUAUCCCUUUGCUUCUUCAGAUUUUCCCCAACAUCUCUGUGGAUAUGGAUCUUGUGCGCUUAAGCCGGACUCAAUACCAGUUGCUUGUCUUUCUCUGCUACUGGUUCCCAGUCUCCCUCCAGAAGCUGGAGACACCACCAAUUGAGUAUGCCCACUCUAUCCGUCUGGAUGGCGAUAUUAUCCUGGGUGGCCUGUUUCCGGUUCAUGCUCGGGGUGAGCGUGGGGUUCCCUGCGGAGAGUUAAAGAAGGAGAAAGGCAUACACCGAUUAGAGGCAAUGCUGUUUGCCAUUGACCUCAUCAAUAAAGACCCAGAUCUGUUGCCCAAUGUGACAUUGGGAGCCCGGAUUCUGGACACCUGCUCGCGGGACACUUACGCUCUGGAGCAGUCUCUUACCUUUGUGCAAGCUCUCAUUGAGCGUGACGGUUCGGAUGUACGCUGUGCCAAUGGAGACCAGCCCAUAUUUGCCAAACCUGACAAAAUUGUUGGCGUCAUCGGCGCGGCUGCCAGCUCGGUCUCCAUCAUGGUCGCCAACAUCUUGAGGCUUUUUAAGAUUCCUCAGAUCAGCUACGCAUCCACCGCUCCGGAGCUCAGCGAUAACACCCGCUACGACUUCUUUUCACGCGUCGUUCCACCGGAUUCAUACCAGGCUCAGGCCAUGCUGGAUAUAGUGACGGCGAUGGGCUGGAACUACGUCUCCACACUGGCUUCUGAAGGAAACUAUGGAGAAAGUGGCGUGGAAGCGUUUGUGCAGAUCUCCAGGGAAAUGGGCGGUGUGUGUAUCGCUCAGUCUCUAAAGAUCCCGAGGGAACCGAGGGCUGGGGAAUUUGACAAGAUAAUCCGGCGGCUCCUGGAGACCCCAAACGCUCGGGCCAUCAUCAUGUUUGCCAAUGAGGAUGAUAUCAGGCGAGUGCUGGACUCCGCCAAGAGGAGCAACCAGACGGGUCACUUUCUGUGGGUGGGAUCCGACAGCUGGGGCUCCAAAAUUUCCCCUGUCAUCCAGCAGGAGAGGGUGGCUGAGGGGGCCAUCACCAUCCUGCCCAAAAGAGCCACUGUUGACGCAUUCGAUCGUUAUUUCCGCAGCCGCUCGCUGUCCAACAACAGAAGAAACGUGUGGUUUGCUGAGUUCUGGGAGGAAAACUUCGGAUGUAAACUCGGGAUGCACGGCAAGAGGCCAGGAAGCCUGAAAAAGUGCACCGGGCUGGAGAAAGUGGGCCGGGACUCCAGUUAUGAGCAGGAAGGGAAGGUUCAGUUCGUGAUGGAUGCAGUUUAUGCGAUGGCUCACGCUCUACACCGCAUGCACAGGGAAUACUGCUUCGGUUAUCCCGGACUCUGCCCUCGCAUGAGCAACAUCAAUGGAAAAGAGCUGCUGGGAUACAUCCGCAAUGUCAGCUUCAACGGAAGCGCAGGAACUCCAGUGGUCUUCAAUCAGAACGGAGAUGCACCAGGACGAUACGACAUCUUCCAGUAUCAGAUCACCAACAAAUCCACAGCUGAGUACAAAGUGAUCGGCCAAUGGACAAACAAACUGCAUCUAAACGUGAAUGUGAUGCGCUGGCGGACGGGCGAUCCCAGACUUCCAGCCUCAGUGUGCAGUGUGCCGUGUCAAAUGGGUGAACGUAAGAAGAUCGUGAAGGGUGUGCCCUGCUGUUGGCACUGUGAGCGAUGCGAAGGCUACCACUUCCAGGUCAGCGAGUUCAGUUGUGAACUCUGUCCUUAUGAGCAGCGUCCAGACCGCAACCGUACUGGCUGCGUCCCCAUCCCGAUCAUCAAACUGGAGUGGCAUUCAGCUUGGGCAGCCGUGCCGGUGUUCGUUGCCGUUCUUGGCAUUUUGGCCACCAGUUUUGUAGUGGUCACUUUUGUCCGUUACAAUGACACCCCUAUCGUGCGUGCAUCUGGACGGGAAAUGAGCUAUGUCUUACUGACAGGUAUUUUCUUGUGUUACGCCAUCACCUUCUUGAUGAUCGCCACCCCCAGUUUAGGCAUCUGCUCCUUCAGGCGGGUGUUUCUGGGAUUGGGCAUGUGCUUCAGCUAUGCGGCUCUACUAACCAAAACCAACCGUAUCCACCGCAUUUUUGAACAAGGCAAAAAGUCAGUGGCUGCGCCACGCUUUAUCAGCCCUGCAUCCCAGCUGGUCAUCACCUUCAGCCUGAUCUCAGUUCAGUUGCUUGGUGUGUUUGUGUGGUUUGCUGUUGAUCCACCACAUACAGUGGUGGACUAUGGCGAGCAGCGCACAUCCGACCCGAUGAAGGCCCGCGGGGUCCUAAAGUGUGACAUCUCGGACCUGUCGCUCAUCUGUUCUCUGGGCUACAGCAUCCUUUUGAUGGUCACAUGCACUGUUUACGCCAUCAAGACCCGUGGCGUGCCAGAAACUUUCAACGAGGCCAAGCCAAUCGGAUUUACUAUGUACACUACCUGCAUCAUUUGGUUAGCUUUUAUACCAAUCUUCUUUGGCACUGCACAAUCGGCGGAAAGGAUGUACAUCCAGACCACGACCCUCACCAUCUCCCUCAGCCUGAGUGCGUCUGUGUCUCUGGGGAUGCUCUACAUGCCCAAAGUCUACGUCAUUAUCUUCCACCCGGAGCAGAACGUUCCCAAACGCAAGCGCAGCUUCAAGGCCAUCGUCACCGCCGCCACCAUGUCUGGGAAACUGGUGCAGAAGGGCAGCGAUCGACCCAACGGAGAGGUCAAGACUGAGCUGUGUGAGAGCAUGGAGACCAACAGUUAUGCAGUGGAGUGAGAGUGAAUGUGAUUCUCUGUUGUUUCCUCCUCCAGCAACAUUUUCCACCAAGACGACGUAUGUGAGCUACAGCAAUCAUGCCAUAUGAGGAGGGGCAGUCUCUGGGGGCGGAGUCGAGGGCGGGGCCUGUCACAAGCAGGAUAUCUGCAUUGUGACGCGCGCUGGCAGGAUAACAGACCUGGAAUGGGCAUCUGAGCAUGAGAUUUUUUAUACCGUUCUGCAUCAAUCUAAAAAACCUGCAGCCUCCUGGGAGACGAACGGACAUUGGUGGAUCUUCCAGAGAGACUGCUGAACAAGAGCUACCGACCCUGCCAUGAACACACGUAAAAAAAACGCACACACUCACAAAACUCAAGGUGCAGGCUUGCAGUCAUACGAUAAAAAAAAUACGUUAAAAUAACUCUGCACAAAUAAUCGUGUAAACAUUCUGCAGACGAGAGCAUUCACGGUUAACUUUUUGGAAAUGUGGAUGUAAAAACAAACAAACAAAGUAAAAAAAAAGAGCGAGAGAAAAUAUAUGAAAACUACCAGAGUCGAGCUAUGUUUGUUGUUAUUGUAUUUUUGUGGUCGUGCAGAUUUUUUCAUUCUUGUCCCACUUUUGUCAGAAAGCUGCAUUCUGAGAUGACGUGUCUUGUAUUGGCUGACUGAACCGUAACCGCGGGUUUGUGAAGCUGUAAAAUGCCAUGGUUGAAGCAUGCUAGUUUUUAUACCAAAACAAACAAAAUAUGAAGAAGAUUUAUUUAUAAUAAAGGAAUGUUUUGCAAAUGUG